AUGAAAUUACUAUAUUCUUAUCUCUUCUUCAGUUUAAAUUUAUAAUCUAGACGCAUCCAAUUUCACUUAAACAUUUAUNUUUUGAAUAUUCUGAAUCAAAAAAAUGGUUCUGUCAUAGAUAUAGAUGAUGAAUAUAGAGUAGAGUAAGAAUGGAUGUUUGAGAAUGAGAACAAUUAUGUGGAAGAAUAAGCAGAAUCUUAAUAACCUAUAGUUUAUGAACGUUCUAAAGGAUUAGUUGGAAAUCAAUUAUUGUAAAAGUUUAAGAAGACAAAAGAAGAGGAUCUUUUGAAACAAAAUAAGGAAGUUUUUUAGGCUAAUCAAUCCAAAAGCCUCUAUUUAAAUAAAAUAUAGUAAUUAAUUGAUAAUCCCGUUGUUGUAAGCAAGCCUAAGCAGACGUAUAAUUGCUUUAUUCUCUUAGUCGUCAGAAAGUUAUUGUAGAAAGCGAUUCAUCGGAUGGAAAGAGUAGGCUGGCUAAAAAUAGAGAGUCAGCAAGAAAUUCUAGAAAAAGAAAGAAAAUAUAUGUAGAAUUACUAGAAAACAAAGUGAAAGAAUUGACAGAGCAAAUAAAAUAAUUGGAAUAAAAUUUAGAACAAUAUAAAACAAAAAAUCUAUAAGUAUAUCUUUACAAUAUAUUUUAUUCAGCUUGAAAAUUUUAGAGAGGAUUAUUAUAGAGAAUUAUCUCAAUUAAAUGGAUUUUAGAGUAUUUAGAUAUUGUAAGAAAAAUAUGGUAGCACAUCUUAAAGAAGAUGGAGUGUCUGUACUGAAUUAAUUAAUCUAUUGAUUGAGUCAACCAUUCCUAUAGAAAUUAAAAAAUUAAUGGAAUCUGCUAAAAAUGGAACUGACAUGUUUAUAUAACCACUUUUAAAUCAUAAUUCAUGUUUGCAAUAUAGAUAAUUUUUCUAAUAAGGGAUCAUUGAUCUAGAAAUGUAAGCUAUAAUUUUAAUUGAGAGCAACAAAGAAUUUUGGAUUGUCAUAUGAUAAAAUAAGAGAAUAGGUGUUCUACUUAGAAAAGUUGAAAUUUGAAGUCAUAUAAAGUAUAGGGGCCAAUUCAUAUAUAGAGUACUUAAAUUAAUCGCUAUAUUGAUUCUUAAAUUGUUUAUAAAAUUAAGC